GCGCAUUUUGUCUCCUCCGUCAGUUGCUUCUGCCUGUAGAUUUCUGUCCAGUCAUUGUGCGGAUAAAGUUCAGCGGCUCAGUUCAUCAAACCCGUUUAAAUUCCACAGUUUGUUCCCCGACAGCAUGAAGGAGACAGCGGCCAAGCGGCGGGACAAGGCGGGCGGUCGGGACCGGGACUCCAAGUCCGACAAGUCCAAAGAGCCAAAGGAAGCGAAAGACGCGGCCCCGGAGCAGCAGGACGUGGAGAUGCCUGAGGAAGAUGCUGCUAACACGGCCAAGCAGCCCAAAGAGCUGGACAGCCUGACACUGGAAGACAUUAAAGAGCACGUGAAGCAGAUCGAGAAGGCUGUGUCGGGAAAGGAGCCUCGUUUUGUCCUGCGUGCGCUCCGAGCGCUGCCGUCCACCAGCCGCCGGCUCAACACCAACGUGCUCCAUAAAGCCAUUUUCGGCUUCUUCACCAGCAACACCGUCACCAGAGACUUCCUGCUGGGCUUCCUGGAGGAGCCCAUGGAGACAGUAGAUGGAGACGUCCAGUUUCGCCCAAGGACAGGUAAAGCAGCAUUAACUCCUUUGCUGCCAGAGGUGGAGGCAUACCUGCAGCUGCUGCUGGUCAUCCACCUGACCAACAGCAAGAGAUACACGGAGGCUCAGAAAGUGUCAGACGACUUGAUGCAGAAGGUCAGCUCAAAGAACCGCAGGGCUCUGGACCUGGUUGUAGCUAAAUGUUAUUAUUAUCACGCCAGAGUGUACGAGUUCCUGAACCAGCUGGACACCAUCCGCAGCUUUCUGCACACCCGGCUGCGCACGGCGACGCUGCGGCACGACGCCGACGGUCAGGCCGUGCUGCUCAACCUGCUGCUGAGGAACUACCUGCACUUCAACCUGUACGACCAGGCCGAGAAGCUUGUGUCCAAAUCCGUGUUCCCCGAGCUCGCCAACAACAACGAGUGGGCCAGACACCUCUACUACACAGGUCGGAUCAAGGCCAUCCAGCUGGAGUACUCUGAGGCCCGCAGAACUCUGACCAACGCUCUGAGGAAGGCUCCACAACACACGGCAGUGGGCUUCAAACAGACUGUCCACAAGCUGCUGAUCGUGGUGGAGCUGCUGCUGGGAGAGAUUCCUGACAGACUGCAGUUCAGACAGCCGUCACUCAAACGCUCUCUGAUGCUCUACUUCCUGCUGACUCAGGCUGUGCGGACAGGUAACCUGGCCAAGUUUAACCAGGUGUUGGAGCAGUUUGGAGAGAAGUUUCAGACUGACGGGACGUACACGCUCAUCAUCCGCCUGCGACACAACGUUAUCAAGACCGGUGUGAGGAUGAUCAGCCUGUCGUAUUCGAGGAUCUCUCUGGCCGACAUCGCUCAGAAGCUGCAGCUCGACAGUCCAGAGGAUGCAGAAUUCAUCGUUGCCAAGGCAAUCCGUGACGGUGUAAUCGAGGCCAGCAUCAACCAUGAGAAAGGCUUCGUUCAAUCAAAAGAGACUAUGGACAUUUAUGGCACCAGGGAGCCUCAGCUGGCGUUCCACCAGAGGAUCUCCUUCUGCCUCGACAUCCACAACAUGUCUGUCAAGGCCAUGAGGUUUCCUCCUAAAGCCUACAACAAGGACCUGGAGUCUGCUGAGGACCGUCGGGAACGCGAGCAGCAGGAUCUGGAGUUUGCCAAAGAAAUGGCCGAAGACGACGACGACAGCUUCCCAUGAGCCUCUCUGCUGACUUCCUGUGCAAACAGGAAGUAUCUGUGUUAGCAGAUCAGCCAUUACCCACAACCCCCCUCUUCCCUUCUUGUUUCUGGUGAUGUUGCAGCUCCAAGUUUCACUCGGCUGCCGUUUGUUGUUUCU